CCACCACAUGUGAUCGAACCUCAUUUGGACGAUGGUAUUACACUUUAAGCCCUGAUGUGGGACGGUUAACCUCACACCCCACACAGGCUAGCGACCUGCCUCAGGGCAUGGCUCAAAUCCAACUCAUUUAGUCAUUCCUUAGCGAGGCCGGGUAACCUCUCUACGAGGUGCUGAAGAUCGUCCGCGACGAUGUUAUCGCGAGGCCAAGGUAAGCCGUCCAUCUCGACGCACUCCUAUAUAUCCGUCUUUCACGACGCGAUCUCAUUUCCUCUUCCACGAGGCCGAGGUAAGACGUCAACCGCGACGCACUCCCAUCCGUCUCCCACGACGCGAUUUUAUUUCCUCUUCUACGAGGCCGAGGUAAGCCUUCCCCGCGAGGCACUCCAAAUCGUCCGCGACGAUACUAUUCGCGAGGCCGAGGUAAGCCGUCCAUCUCGACGCACUCCUAUAUAUCCGUCUUCCACGACGUGAACUAUAUUGCUCUCGGAUCUAAGGCGAGGGGUGCAUCAUUUGUGCAUAUCUCACUUACCCGAGUAGCUCUCAUUUAAAGACCCCGGUCUCACUAAGGAUGACAUCAAGGUUUGUUCUAGACCAGACUACUACACGAUCGGCACACUUCGCUGAUAAGGCCUAUCUUUUGUCCAAAACUUUGGACCCAACUCAUACGUUGACUUACUUUUCUCGGCCGCGUGGUGAUCGGUCCAUCCGAGCCCGCGAGCGCCUUGUGUUCUUUUUGAACUUAUUUUGCAGGUUAAAAGGAUGAGAAGACUAGGCUCAGCCUCAGCCACUGCGUGAGGCACUUGAGCUCAGCCUCAUCUACUCAAGCUCGGCCUCAGCCACUGAAGCAUGGCCACUCAAGCUUGGCCACUCAAGCUCGGCAUUUGGCCACUCAAUCUCGGCCCCAACCAUUUAAGCUCGGCCUCAUCCACUCGAGCUCGGCCUCAUCCGCUCAAGCUCGGCCUCAUCCACUCGAGCUCGGUCUCAUCCACUCGAGUUCGGUCUCAUCCACUCGAGCUCGGCCUCAUCCGCUCAAGCUCGGCCUCAUCCACUUGAGCUCGGCCUCAUCCACUCGAGCUCGGCCUCAUCCACUCGAGCUCGGCCUCAUCCACUCGAGCUCGGCCUCAUCCGCUCAAGCUCGGCCUCAUCCACUCAAGCUCGCCCUCAUCCGCUCAAGCUCGGCCUCAUCCGUUCAAGCUCAGACUCGACCACCUCGUGGGGUACUCGAGCUUGGCCUCAGCCUCGGUCAUCCCGUGAAGGGGCCAAAGACUCCCAACGGAGUCGAGCAUGGACACUACUCCCCUUCGCCUCGGAAUUCUUUUUCGGCUUAGGGAGUGGGGGACUCCGGGUGCUCGGCUCGUGAUUGUUACAUCUCACAUCAUGAGAGGUUGGCGAUCGACAUCCCGACCUUGUAUCAGACCGCAGCUGUCCGUGUCGGUUUGCACUCGUCGGCAAUACACUAUGAUGAAUAGCCCUCGACUCCAGACAACGAGUCCGGGGGACUUGAAGAUCACCUCUUCUGAGAUUCACACAGAAGACCUCACACCCUAGCAAUGUUUCCUAGAUCCACUCUGUGGGACGAGAUGUACUCUUUUCUUGACUGAGGAUUUUUUCCCAUCCUCAUGGGUUUUUUCCUCGGCAAGUUUUUAAUGAGGCAUCCCCCGGGGAGUGGGUCACACAUUGACGAGAUUGUGGGAGGAUGACGACUUAUUCAUCCACUCUAAUGGUGAUUAUUGCACUCUGAACAGCAAACCGACGAUGCCCUUUGUACGAGAGCAGAACCUUUCAAGACAAUGAGUAGAGUAUGUGUUUCUUUUUGACAUUCUGGACAGCGAAUUGGCAUUACGUUUCUGACAUAUGGCGUUGUUUGCCUUACUUCACCGUGCUCGGGACAUCAAGUUAGCGAUGCAUUUUGUACAGCAAGGAAGACAGUGUCCUUCUGUGGCGGAUUGUUGCUCUACUUCCACUUCACCUCGAGUUCCUCUCGGCUCGGAAAGUGGGGGACUCAUGAUGGAUACCCCGGACAGGGGGUAUCCGGUCUUUGUAUAAUAUUAGUUGAGGCGGUCCAGUCUGUUGGACCAACCCAUUAGUUGUAUGUUAAUUAUUUGUUAUUUAAAGGCGACCCAGUCUGUUGGGCCGGUCCAUUAUUCCGAAACCCUAACCCUAGCUCCUCUAUUU